AUGGCGGCCCUGGGCGGUGUCCGUGUGAUGAGCCAAUCACUGGUGGUGGUCCGGAGACCUGGAGUCUGGAGGGGCCUGAUCACCACAGCUGCCACCCACUCUGCCCAGCCAAAGAGUGGAGUGGGUGAGGAGAAGGAGGGCAAGGUGAUACCUGUCACUAUGGUGCCCGGCGAUGGUGUGGGCCCUGAGCUCAUGGAGGCUGUCAGAAAAGUCUUUAAGGCAGCCUUGGUCCCUGUGGAGUUUCAGGAGUGUCAUCUGAGUGGGGUGCAGAAUAUGGACAAAGAAGAGAAACUGGAACAAGUAUUGAACUCCAUAAGGAAAAAUAAGAUUGCGAUCAUUGGAAAAAUCCACACCCCAAUGGAAACCAAAGGCAUCAUGUCUUAUAACAUGCGAAUCAAGCGGAACCUGGACUUGUUUGCUAACGUUGUUCCCGUCCAGAGCCUUUUGGGAUAUGAGACCCGACACAACAACCUGGACUUGGUAAUUAUCCGUGAGCAGACUGAGGGAGAAUAUAGUGCCCUCGAGCAUGAAAGUGUCAAGGGGGUGAUUGAAUGUUUGAAGAUCAUCACUAGUUACAAGUCCCGGCGAAUUGCCAAGUUUGCCUUUGACUAUGCCACCAAUAAGGGUCGAAAGAAGGUCACAGCGGUGCACAAGGCCAACAUUAUGAAGCUGGGCGAUGGGCUUUUCCUGAGGUGUUGUGAGGAGGUGGCCGAGCUAUACCCCAAGAUCAAGUUUGAGAGCAUAAUCAUAGACAACUGUUGUCUACAGUUGGUGAAAAAUCCAUACCAGUUUGAUGUGCUCGUGAUGCCCAGUCUCUAUGGAAACAUUGUCGACAACUUGGCAGCAGGUCUGGUGGGGGGUGCUGGUGUGGUUCCUGGUGAGAGCUACAGUGGUGAAUAUGCUGUUUUUGAAACAGGUGCAAAGCACCAGUAUAGCCAGGCUGCCGGCAAGAACAUAGCCAACCCUACUGGCAUGUUACUGUCUUCCAGCAAUAUGCUGAAUUACCUCAACCUGAAACAUCACUCCAGCAAGAUUGCUGGGGCCGUGAAGGCAGUGAUAAAAACUGGCAAAAUUCGGACUGAGGACAUGGGCGGCAAAAACAGCACAUCAGAAUUUGUCGAUUCAGUUAUCAAACACCUGAAGUCAACUGGUAGUAGUUUAUCUUAA